UGUCAUGCAAUUUUCAUGUUGUAUUUCGAUUCUUCCAUUCGUCGCAAAAAGUUAAUAGUGAGGAUUAAAAAUUGUUGGAUUAGUCCAACACACUGUCACGAAAACAUGACCAAACUUGCAUAAAUAGACUAAGUUACAAAACUUUGCUAAAAAUUGAGACCGAACGAGUCAAACGGUCACGAAAUCCGGUGUAUCAUCAAGAAAAGAUUUUACACUAGUUUGCUGUGUUAAGAAAAAAGCAGUGCCAUGAGUAUACCUCAACUAAACACAAACCGAUGCAGGAAAAGUAUCGCUGAGGCUUUCUCCGUCUUAGCCAUCACACUAGUCACAGGAUUUGUGCUGAGCAGUAACCGUUUGGCGCUAGCAGCGGUCAGCGAUGGGCCGGUCGCUGCGGCUACAGCCACAUCGGACGACUCGUCACAGCAGGAGCCCCAAAGGGUCCAGUCAUCACAUCUGCAAUCGCAAGAGCUCAAAGCAUGUCCCCACAUGAUGAAACACGUCUUCGAUGGAUAUGCUCCGAUAGGCGGACGAGAGGCAGGAAGCUACAGUGAGCUUCGUGAAGCGACUUCGCUCAAGGAAUGCGUGCAGCAUUGUUGCAGCCAAGGUGAUAACUGUAAUACAGCGUUCAUGUUCAAUAAAACAUGCUACCACGUAAAAUGUUUUACCAACGAACUUUGUCUGCCAGCAAAGAAGAAAAACCUCUCAACGAGCCUUCAAAUGGUGUUGAUAAACACGGUCGGAGAAGCCAGUGGCACUUGGUGGGACAUUUUGAAGAGCAUGAAUUCACCGGAAACCCAUCUGGACGGAACCGCAGUGGGCCUAGAAGAGAACAGGAUAUUGAGUAAGCUAAAGAAAAUUUAUAAUAUGGAAAGGAACAGAGAAGAGUUGUCGGAGGGGGUGUAUAGUUUGCCACUAAAACAACUGGCGGACUAUGAUUUUGGAAAAUAUUCUGGAAAUGAUUUAAACGACCAGUAUGAGGAUUUGAUGAUGGAUGAGACGAAAUUCUACCCGGAGGAAAAGACAUUUACUGCAAUGCUAUGUGACACAGUGGGCGAUAUAUGUCCUGAGUACGAAAUUUGUGUUUCUGGAAUGUGCCGCUGCAAGGAUCACUACAAACGAAACAGUAAAAAUGUUUGCGUUAAUGACCAGUUACUUGCGGCGCCGCAAACACUGACGGCUCAGAAAUUAAUCAUGAAUAAUAUACAUAGUGAAGCUGGGGAAAUUGAUGAAGGGAACCAAGAACCCGUCCCCACGAAACAGUUAACCGUUUCUGUUUUGUCGAAGGGCGUGCGACUUCCGAACAAUGAAGCAAUUUUGUCGGCAUACGUUGUUCCAGAUGAAAGCAGCAGUGGUGAUAAGUACACUUAUUCCUGGUCAUUGAUUUCGCAGCCCUCUAAAGGUGACAGCAAUGCUACUAUCACUGACCAAACCAAGCCUCAGGCGAAACUAUCCAAGCUUACAGCAGGGCUUUAUCGCUUCAAGGUCACUGUUACCGGCCAGAAGGGGUACUAUGGAGAAGCUUAUCCGAACAUUACAGUUUUACCCGAACAGACGAUAAAUAAACCUCCCGAAGUAAUAAUCACUCCUGCAGAGCAGACCGUCAAGCUCCCAAAUCAUAAGGCAAUUCUGGACGGAAGUUCUUCUAAGGACGACGAUAAAAUUGUAUCCUGGCGGUGGGAACUUGUGGAAGGACCCCUCGUGUAUAAGCCAGAUCUACCGGCCACCGGUACACUGCAGCUGAACGAUCUAACGACGCCAGGAAAUUACACCUUCAAGCUGACCGUAGUCGAUUCGGAGAACCUUUCCAACAGCACAACGGCUACCAUCGAAGUAUUGAAAGAGAUCGACUAUCCACCGGUGGCGAACGCUGGUCAAAAUGUGAUUGUGUACCUCCCGAAUAAUAACGUAACCCUGAACGGAUCGCUUAGCAAGGAUGAUCACGCUGUUGUCGCGUGGGAGUGGACCAAAGCGAGUACCGACCAAUCGAAGGCGGUAGAUAUGCAAAAUACGAGAACCCCUUUCCUGCAACUGUCCAACCUCGAAGAGGGUGUGUAUGCGUUCGAACUUAAAGUGACCGAUUCGAAGAACCAAAGUAGCACUUCGAUUGUGCAUGUUUUCGUGAAGAUGCCAACUAAUAUGCCACCGGUUGCGAAUGCCGGUGCAAACUACACCGUUGAUUUGCCCCAAAACUGGGCGAUACUGAAUGGCACCGGUUCUAAGGAUGAUAUAAAGAUAACAAACUGGAAGUGGCAACAAAUAAGUGGACCCAAUACGGCUGUCAUUGUGGGUGGUAAUAAUUCCAUAGCCAAUGCAACUUCACUCACGAUUGGGGAUUAUGUGUUCGAACUGCUGGUCAUUGAUGAAGUAAACAAUAAUGCUACCGAUCGCGUGAAAAUUACCGUAGUGCAAGAACGGAACACUCCUCCGGUAGCGAAUGCAGGCGGCGAUCAAAGUGUUACACUGCCAACGAACACCAUUGUCCUCAAUGGGACUCGCUCGAACGACGAUCUAGGAAUCGCCAACUAUAGCUGGACCCGGGAACCGGGAAGUUUAGCCAUUGGAUCCAUCGUUGACGAUAGUGAUCGGAAGCCAGUGUUAAUUCUCACAAACAUUGUCCCCGGACGGUACGUUUUCAAAUUAACUGUCACCGAUGCCCAAGGGCUUUUCGGAUCGGACACUGUGAGUAUCAUUGUUCAUCCGGAUCCCCUCGUGAUGAGUUUAGUGGAACUUACGCUGACCAUGGAGGCCACCGUGUUAACCCAAUCCGAACUAGAUUCUUUACAUCAAAAACUGAUCCUGCUAAUAGGAGACAACACGGCUCAGCUACACAUUAGAGAGCUUAAAAUCGAACACAAGACGGGACAAAUAGUGAUAGUAUUCUACGUUGAGAAGGCUGGGGGCAAGGACAAAACGGAAAUCAUUCCAGCUCUGGAAGUAGAGCGAAUUCUGAAGGAAAAAUUCUGGCGAGAUUAUACCAUCCUCGGGACGUCGGUUGCGGGCAUCCGAACGACAAUCUGCCAGAACACCUGCUCUGGACAUGGAGUGUGCAACGCCGAGACACGGGACUGCAUGUGUCAGAGCUUCUGGAUGCCGGAUAUUUUUUUCUUCUGGGGUGUAGCUGAAGCGAAUUGUGACUGGUCGAUUCUUUACGUCAUUAUCGGGGUGUUCAUUGUGUUCCUGAUACUAUCCGGCAUCUGCUGGGGCAUUACAUGUCUCUGUCGGCGCUCGACUAAGCCACGCACAAGAAGCAAAACCCAAAAGUAUUCACUGCUUGGAACGCACGAGGAGGAGUUACCCUCAUUUACCCGCACCGGAACCACUCUCUCGGACUCGGAAACAGACUCGGACGUUGUGUUCGAGAGUCGCUCGAAGCAGAAUGGCCUUCCCGGGCGGGGUGGCGCUGGGCUCGUGAACGGCGAUAUCCGGAAUGGUCAUGCUAAAUAUAGCACUACACGCCUUGGUCGACGUAUCAAAACGUAGACCGGUAUGGAAACGGCCAGCUUCGCACCUAAGUAAGUAAGUAAGAUUUAUGUAUAUGUUUUAUCUGCAAAGAAUACCAUACGAGUAUGUGGCUGCUUGAGCUUGUUUCGACAUCCUGCUGCGACACAGGAUAACAGUUGCAGAGUUUUUUUUUUGCCACGGUUGAACAACCAUUUCACACAAUUGGAUUGAAACUGCAAGAAACUUAUAAUAAUUUUAUUUUUUAUAUAUACCAGUCAGCCGAGGUACGGAGAGAAUGACAGUAUAUAAAAGUGAUUUCUGCAUGCUAGAAGAAAAACAUGUGAUUUAUUAGCCAUCGAGUAGUUGUAUUUAUCGUGUUUAUUUCAUGCGUAGAAGCAGUCUUCUACAUUCGACAUUUACGUAAUAAUUAUUUCGUAGCAGGAUAAAGCUGAACGUCUAUUCGAAGUAGCACUCCAAUUGAAGUAUAUUUAUUUUGUUGAAUGUAUUGGUAGCGUUCAAGCUUUGAGAGUAAAUGUUUAUAUUCAAAUGCGUAUAUUGCCAACAAAGUUAAACUCAUGUUUUUGCACUAAAAUACCAUCCUAAGACUGCAAGCGAUAAUAGAGUAAUUUGAACAUUUAUUCAUUACGUGAUAGAGGCAAUGACUCAAACAGUAUCAUCAUUCCAUACGUUACGAAUGAAGAAACCAACGCUAGUCCGAUAUUUAUUUGAGUAGCAGUACUUUCAAUGAUUCAUAGUCAUGCAAUGAGUGAAACUACUGAUACAGUGAUUUGUUUUAUAUUCUUCUCUUUUCAUCUCUGCAUUUGAUUGAUGUUGCUUUGAGUAAGGAAAAUUAUGUGUACUUAUAUUCUCGGUAUAAAGUUUCUAGACAUUCUCCAAAAACAUGUAAACUUUGGAAUACAUUUGAUUGGAAUUUGAAUUCAAACUUUCUACCAAGAAACCAUGGGAGAAAGGGAAAACGAAAAACUAGUAUUAUUAUACAAUUAUACUAUUGUAAAUGAACUAAGAAAUUGAAAGAUAAUAAAUUAUUUUUAAAUCGGAUAUGCUGAAAUAUA